AUGGAGAAGACCUUCAAGCGGCGUGCGAAAAGAAAACUGGCCAGGGAUCCCGUCGACCCGAAAGCCAAGAAGCAAGACUGGAGCGAGAAGGUCUUGAACAAGCGUGAAUGGAAGCCGUCGAAGGAAUACAAUGGGUCAAAGGUGCGCAACGUUCCGUUCAGCGUUGCGGAGAACGAAAAAAUCCGCAAGGCGAUUCGAGCUUAUUGUGAAGAGGAAGGGCUGGACUAUGCUGCCGCGUGCGAAACGUUGCACAAGGAAAAGAGAGGCGGCGCCUGGGGACGCAUAGCGUUCUUUGCUGAUCUUCCCAAACGCAGGACCUGGGCCAUCGUGCAACGGGCGAAGAGGAUUCUCUGGGGGCCUCACAGGUGGUCGCAACUAGAAUUGCAGAUCUUGAUGGACGAGGCUUGCUCAGCUGCGAAGCCGAGUUGGGUCCGGAUCUCGAACCUUAUUUCGGUGAACCCGAAUACGGUGCGUGACAAGUGGCGGGAGUUGUGUGGUGGUGAGAAGGUGAAGGGCAAGUUCUCACAGGCCGAGGAUUGGAGGCUGCGCAUGGCGAUCUGCCAAGCAACCCAGAGCCUUCUCCCGACGAAGAACAUCCCCUGGACUUCGGUCCAGAAAUGGAUGCCACACCGGGGUUACAAGAUGUUGAUGCAACGAUGGUACCAGUACCUCAUGCCACGCUUGUCUGCCUACAAGGACAAGUAUGGUAUGCCCGUCGAGCCAGAGCUUUUUGUGCGACAUCUCUUGCGGAAGCUUCGAAAGAGUGGCAUCGACGAUCCGAUUGAGGUGGAAUGGACAUCUGUCAACAUCUGGUGGUCUGCGUCAAUGAACCGAAACAAGUGGCGGGAGCUUGCAAAGAGAGUUCCGUCAGACCUAAAAGAAGCAGGUAUGCAACUCCAGGUACAGUGGUGGUACGAGGCCCUUGAGUGCAAGGGCCAUCGCAAACGGGACAAGGAAGUGCUCAAGAGCAUCGUCUCUGUGCUGGAGGCGGAGGCCAUGCAGGAAGACUGCGAAAGCUCCGAGGCCAUGCAGGAAGACUGCGAAAGUGAGAGUGGCAGCCAAGAGCGGCAGCCAAAGAAAGCGCCGCGGCAAGCGAGAAGUGCAGCUCGAAAAGCACGGUUCAAGAGGGGUCAGUUGAAGGAUGGGGUAGCCACACUCGCACAGGGUGCUGAGGGCCGAGAUCAUGUCAUGACGUCACAUGGCCUGCUCGCUGCCACCCGCAGCGCUUCUUGGCGCAGCGCAGGACGGACUUUAAAGCUACCUCGGUUCAUCGCAGAACAUCGUCGCUUCAUCCGAACUGGGUUCUUCACAGAUGAUGCAGACUUCCUUGAUCCAGAGGCUCCACUCCUGGCGGAUCGUGUCAAUGAGCGCUGGCGACAUAUGGAUGAUCCCACUUUGCAGGGCAAGGUCCUGGAACGCAGCAAUGUGGGUAUGGGCAUGUUGGUGCUCAACCGCGCGGAAGGCCUCGAUCUCCCGACCGUGAACGAGCUGUACAAGCGCUUGAGGAAUCUGGAGGUGAACAGCCUGAAGAGGUUUGUUGGGCUCACGGCUACCGAGGAGUUCGGCCCAAAAGCCGAUGCAGUCGAAGACGAGAACUUUCAGAGUUCGGUGGAGAGUGGAGAUCGAAACCACAACAGCCUUGCGACGGGCCGCUUUUGCAUCGGCUUGGAUCCCAAGGAACUGCUUCUUGCAGCUGUUUACGCGCAAAAGCAUGGUGAUCUUGCUCCCUUUUCAAAGGCUUUGCUGUGGAACAGCCAGGAAUUGUCGUUCCUCGUGGCCGACUAUCGGAAGCCUUUGGUGUGCCAUCUGAGUGGAGCAGCGCGGGACGGCGGCACGGCACUGGCCGGACUGGCGAGCUACUCUGGUGCAUACAACGCAUCCGAAAUCUCCGUCCGUUCCUGCUUCCACGGCCUGGUGCCAAUGGGAGGCAUGACUUCAUUGCUCGGAUCUUUGAAGUGGCACCUGGGAGAGUUCCUUGCGCUCACCGGUUGGACGCUCCGUGGCUCCGAUUUGGUUGCUCUGGGACUGGUCAGGCACUGGAUGUCGCCAGAUGCCCUGCCAUUCCUGGAGCUGACCGCAGAAAAACAGUUGGAGGUGUCUGAAAGCGAUGCUGCCAUGCUGUUGACGGAGCACUCAUUGCCACUACCGGAGAGUAGCCUGCUGUCCGGCCAGCAAGAUGCCCCGGGUUUCAAGCGAAGUUACAUUCCCCUGAUUGAAGAGAUCUUCAGCCAACCAUCCCUGCCGAGAGUCAUGGAGGCACUGGAGAAGAAGACCAAGCAGCCUGAAACUGUUCAGAACAGCGAGUUCUUACAGGUUUGCAAGGACAGAUUAAGCCGAGUGGACAAGCGAGCCGCCUGGAUGACGCAGGCCCUCAUCCGUGAUGCCCGAGAUAGCAUAAAGGCCAAUCCCGAGCCUCCUGGCAUCCAGAGGCUCCAUCCCACGGUGCUGCUGGAGGCGCUGAGGCAUGAGCUCUGGGCCCAGACGCAGCUGCUGGCUCGGCAGGACACCAUUUGGGGACUGCAUGCCUUGUGCAAGGGGACGACCUACAGGUUUGGAGAGGAGGAUGUCUUGCUAGCUGAAGUCGAGGAGGCCACCAAGGCGCCAGAGGACUUCGUCUUUGGCAUUCCUGAGAGAUCGGAGAUGCCUCUCUCGCAACAUCCACGAUUAAGGCGAUACCAUCCUGACUACGAUUCUGCUACAGGUUUGGACCAUGACCCAGUCUGGAUGCAGCAAGAAGUGCAGCGUUGGGAUUCGGAGCUCUUCGAUCUCGAGCGUCGCCAAGCUAUUGAGGACAUGCUGGGAGACCGAGAUCCGUCUGCCUUCGGGCUUAGCCGUUGGGUCAGGGUCGAAAGCAGACCAGGAUGA